AUCAUCAUAAGAUUCUUUACAAUUUCUUGUUUUCCUCUACAUCCCCUUCGGCUUUUCUCCUCCUCAUGCGUCUCAGCCAAUCAGAGGCACAGAGGAGGGCGCCUAUCUAAGGUCUCUGCUGCCAGCCCCUUUAUACACAAGCAGGUUAUGGCUCAGCCAGCGGCCAAUAUAAGACCGGGAGUGGGAGUCGGGGUCGUUGUAACCAGCCCUUCUCAUCCUGGCUGUGUCCUUCUGGGGAGACGCAAAGGAAAUGAAAAGCCAGGGGCCGGCAUGUACCAACUUCCCGGGGGACAUUUAGAAUUUGGUGAAAGCUGGGAGGUUUGUGCAGAGCGGGAGACACUGGAGGAAGCUGAACUUCACCUUAAAAACACCCGUUUUGCAUCAGUGGUAAAUCCAGUUUGUCUGAAGGUUAAUUAUCAUUACAUAACAAUUAUAAUGAAGGGAGAAGUAGAUAUGAAUUACGCAUCGGAACCAAUAAACAUGGAGCCUGAGAAAAACGAAGGUUGGAAUUGGGUAAAGUGGGAAGAAUUUCCUCCAAAUGAUCAACUGUUCUGGGCUUUGUGUUGCCUGAAGCAGCAAGGCUACAAUCCAUUCUCAGAAGAUUUUAAUCAUCUCCAUGCACAAAACAAGAACCAACAGUCUUAAUGUCAAUGCUAAAUAUGAAAAUAGAAGCCUGGGUAGAACUUUACUGUUGUUGAAUUAUGUAUGUCUGCCACAUCUGUAAACACAGAAAUUUGCUCAAUUGUGUGCAUAUUAACAAUGUCAAUUGUUAAUUUUAUAUAACAAUUGCUUAGGUUUUGGUUUUGUACAACAUAUAAAAUGUCUGUUAAGAGGAAAGAAAGCAAAUGGUAAAAAAUACUGGACUUUGGUUUAAAUAGGUUGUUCACCUUUGAGUUAACUAGUAUGAUGUGGAGAGUGAUUUUGCAAGUGGUUUAAUUUUUUUAUUAUUUGUAAUUUUUAAGUCAUUUAGCUUUUUAUUCCGAAGCUCUCCAGUUUGUAAUUUCAGCAAUCUGGUUGCUAAAUUAACCUAGCAACCAUUCACUGAUCUAAAUGAGAGACUGGAACAAGAAUAAGAGAGCCUGAAUAGAAAUGAGUAAUAAAAAGUAGCAAUAACAAUACAUCUGUAGAUAUACAGAGCAUUUGUUUUUUAAAUGGGGUCAAUGACCCCCAUUUGAAAGUCGGAAAGAGUUAGAAGAAAAGGGCAAAUAAUAAAAAAACGAUUAAAAAUAAAUAAUGAAAAACAAUUAAAGUUGCUUAGAAUUUGCCAUUCUAUAACAUACUAAAAGUUAACACCCCUUAAAUAAAAAAUACAGGUCCAAAAUAUUAACUAACAGGUAUUUUAAGUGUUACUGUUCUUUUAAGAAAGGCAUGAUUUAUAGAGAGAAACCAAACAAAACUGCUUAAGGUAAUGUGGCUGUAAACACCUAUAUUCCAUGAGCUAAAUAAAUAAAAUCUUGUAUUGAAAUUGCAUAAUAAACUAUGUUUUUAUUCUUUGUAA